AAACAUGACCUCUGGACUGUAUCCAGGCACUUUCUUGGCGCUGCUCUGUCUCCUCCAUGUCUCUGAGGAGACCUGUCCAUCCAUGUGCCUUUGUAUAUCUGACACAGUGAGCUGUAGCUCCAGUGGUCUGGCAAAGCUACCUCUGUCCCUGCCCUCCUUCUCUGUCACCCUUGACCUCAGCCACAACCAUCUGUCCUGGCUUGGUCCGGGCAGCUUCAACAGGAUGCCCAGAUUGGAGAAUCUCCGGAUGGCUCACAAUCAGCUCAGCGCCCUGGGCCCCGGGGUGUUUCACAAUGCCUCUGGCCUCAGGCACCUCGACCUAUCCUCCAAUAAGCUGCAUGUGGUGGAGCAGCACUAUUUCCAGGGGCUGUGGAGGCUGGAGGAGCUCCUCCUCUUCAAUAACAAGAUCACCCAGGUGGAGUCCAGCACACUGAGCGGACUGAGCAGUUUAAAAAAGGCCUAUUUCAGCCUGAAUCAAAUCACAUACUUCCCGUUCUUCUCCAUCCAAGACCACAGUCAUCCCUUCCUGACCAUGCUGGACCUCUCGUCCAACCGAAUGAGCCGUCUGCCCUGGGAGGAUGUGAAAGCUUUGCCUGGGUUGGUGCAGCGGGGGCUGUAUCUCCACAACAACUCUCUGAUCUGCGACUGCUCCAUGUUCAGUGUGUUCUGGCACUGGGAUCUGCGAGGUUAUGACUCACUGAAGGACUUCACGGAUGAGCACACCUGUUCCAUCUACGGGGACCAGCGGGCGUCCAUUCGGUUCCUGCGACACACCCGCUUCUUCCAAAACUGCACUGUGGAAAAAGCUGUCUCGCAGCCUGUGACCGUGCUCCUCUCCAGCGUGGUGGUUUCAGAGGGAGACAGAGUGCGUCUAGACUGCCAAACAUCCCUGAGUAGCACAGACCUCUCAUUUACAUGGCGCUCUCCCAGCAAGGGGUACAUCACCCAGGCUAGCGUAAAUGACACACUAAUUAGCCUGUUUCCUAAUGGCACCUUAGAGAUCCAAGCAACCAAGGUCAAUGACUCAGGUCUGUACGUGUGCACAGCUGUGGAUAUAAAACAGGCACUGAAUGCAACCCGCGAGGUGAACGUGACGGUGCUGCUGCCUCCAGGAGAGUCAUUCAACACUGGCUACACAACACUGCUGGGCUGCGUGGUGACCAUGGUCUGCAUCCUCAUGUACCUCUACCUGACUCCAUGUCGCUGCAACUGCUGCAAACAGCCCAAACCUCCUGUUAUCCCCAUUGCGACCUACGACCCCAGCACCCUAACUUCAGUUUUCUCCCCCUCCACAAGAGACCAGUCCAAAAUCCAAACUAACAAGCAUGUAGCAUUCAUGGAGCCAAUGAUAAGCGAAGAGGGAACAGGAUGGACGCCCGAAAGCUGAUGCUGCAUGGGAGCUUUUCUUCCUUUCCUUUAUUCAUUUAUUUAUUGGAGGUGGAAAGACCUUAGGACAAUUCAAAACUCCUUACUCAGGAAUUAGCAUUGAGAUGUUAUUAGAAAUGAACAUUAAUG